AUGGCACAGGUGGGCUUCUUUGCAGGUGCCAGCCUGCUGUUCUCCCUCUGCCUGGUGCUCCUCCUGCCCCAAGGGAGGGCUGCCCAGGAGGACCCUCCGCUUCCCGGGGGUCUGGUGGAGCUCCCCAUCUCCGACCCUGAAGUCCAGAAGGCCGCUGCUUUGGCCGUGGGAGCCUUCAACACCCAAAGCGGCAGCGACUUCUAUUACAAGGCCCUGGAGAUCCAGAAGGCGGAGAGCCAGGAGGUGGAAGGGAUCAAGUACUUCCUGACCAUCGAGAUGGUGAAAACCAGCUGCAGAAAGAAGAAGGGAUACGACCUCAAUCCGGAGCAACUGGCAAAGUGCAAAGUGGCCGCCAAAGCCGAGCAACAGAAAUACAACUGCGAGUUCGAGAUCUGGCUGAACGAGAAGAAAACGGACGCCGGGAUCCAAACUUGGAGGCGGAUGAGUUGGCGAUGCAGCACCACGGUUCCUUACCAAGCCCUGAAAUGAUCCCCAGACUCUUUUGUCUUCCUUGGCAUACAAUAC